GCCGGGGCCGGUAGGGGGCGGGGGCCGUGCGCGGCGCGGGCCGGGAGCGGGCGGCCAUGGGGGGCAGGAUCGAGUGCGUGUUCUUCAGCGAGUUCCACCCCACGCUGGGGCCCAAGAUCACCUACCAGGUGCCCGAGGACUUCAUCUCCCGGGAGCUGUUCGACACGGUGCAGGUGUACGUCAUCACCAAGCCCGAGCUGCAGAACAAGCUCAUCACCGUGACGGCCAUGGAGAAGAAGCUGAUCGGCUGCCCCGUCUGCAUCGAGCACAAGAAGUACAGCCGCAACGCCCUGCUCUUCAACCUCGGCUUCGUCUGCGACGCGCGGGCCAAGGCCUGCGCCCUGGAGCCCAUCGUCAAGAAGCUGGCCGGCUACCUCACCACCCUGGAGCUGGAAAGUGGCUUCAUCUCCAACGAGGAGAGCAAACAGAAGCUGGUGCCCAUCAUGACCAUCCUGCUGGAGGAGCUGAACGCCAAAGGAAAGUGCACCCUGCCCAUAGAUGAGUCAAACACCAUCCACCUGAAGGUGAUCGAGCAGCGGCCAGACCCCCCCAUUGUGCAGGAGUACGACGUGCCCGUCUUCACCCAGGACAAGGACGACUUCUUCAACUCCCAGUGGGACCUCACCACGCAGCAGAUCCUGCCCUACAUCGACGGAUUUCGGCACGUCCAGAAGAUUUCCGCUGAAGCCGACGUGGAGCUGAACCUGGUGCGCAUCGCUGUGCAGAACCUGCUGUACUACGGGGUCGUCACGCUCGUCUCCAUACUCCAGUACUCCAACGUCUACUGCACCACACCGAAGGUCCAGGACCUGGUGGACGACAAGUGCCUCCAGGAGGAGUGCCUGUCCUACGUCACCAAGCCGGGGCACAAACGAGCCAGCCUCCGUGACGUUUUCCAGCUGUACUGCGGCCUCAGCCCUGGCACGACGGUGCGAGACCUCAUCUCCCGCUACACCCUGCAGCUGCAGCGGGUGGACGAGAGGAGGCUCAUCCAGUUCGGUUUGAUGAAGGGGCUCAUCCGGCGGCUCCAGAAAUACCCCGUCAAGGUGGCCCGGGACGAGCGCAGCCACCCGGCACGGCUCUACACGGGCUGCCACAGCUACGACGAGAUUUGCUGCAAGACGGGCAUGAGUUACAAGGAGCUGGAUGAGCGCCUGGAGAACGACCCCAACAUCAUCGUGUGCUGGAAGUGAUGGAGCCGGGCCGGCCGGGGCGUGCGCCAUGUGGCUUCGGCAGCACGAGAGCGUGGAGAAGCUCAACAUGCACGCCAUCCUGAGCGCCGCCGCCGGCCAGGAGCAGCUCCUCACCGAGCUGCUCAUCACCCACGGCAAGGUGAGCCCUGGGUGUCCGGGGGGCACCCGGCUCUGCCCAGCCCUGUCCCUGCUCCCCGAGCUCUCGGCCCGUCCCCGGUCUGUCAGGAAAGGUGGCGGCGAGCACCCAGCUUCGUCCUGCGCCUGGCUGCAGGAGCCGGGUGUUCCCCGCCGGAGGAAUGCGGGUUCUCGUGGCUUGCCCCACGCGGGUGCUGUGGUCCUGGUACUCCUCCUCGGGUUUCUUGGUCUGUGACAAAAUCACGAACUGCAUGGUCGGGAGGGACGGCGUAAGGCAGGGCAGCGGGUGGGGGCAGCAGCCAUCCCUGUGCCAGGCCCUCAGCCUCCAGCUGGGAUCGGCUUUUGGACAACGUCCAGUUUGGGGAUAAACCGUCGAUGGUGAAGAAUCUGCUGGCAAAGAUAGUUGACUGGUGGUUUGCCAUUGUUGCUUUUAAAAAAAAAAAAAAAUUAAAAGCCAAGCUGCGGUA